AUGAUGAAGCUUCCUCAAAGUUACAGAGAUCCGAAGAUCUUCAAUAACAAAUAUAUCAUUAAACAAUAGAUUUCCUCUGGAUCCUUUGGCAUAGUCUAUUUAGCAUUCGAUAAACAUACGAGAGAGGAAGUUGCUGUUAAAGUGGAGAAGGAAGAGAAUGAGGAUGCGAGUUCUCUUGACAGGGAAAUUACUAUUCUCAAUCGUCUCGUUGGAGUGCCUGGAGUUCCUAAAUUAUAUUGGAGUGGUUUUGAAUAAGAUUAUAAUGUGAUUGUCAUCCAACUACUUGGAAAGGAUCUGAGCCAUUUCAUUAAACAAUACAAAAAAUUGAGUCUCAAAUCUGUGUUGCAAAUAACUCAAUAACUUUUGAGUACUCUACAACAAGUUCAUGAAAGAGGAGUGAUUCAUAGGGAUUUCAAACCUGAAAACAUACUCACUGGAUAUCAAUUGGACAACGGUAUCAUUUACUUGGUUGAUUAUGGAGUCUCGAAAGUCUAUUUGGAUACUCAAGGAAAACAUAUUCCUCCUAAAGACAAGAAGUCCUUUAUUGGUACUACUAGAUAUGCCUCAAUUGCUGCCCAUCGAGGUCAUGAGCUAGGUAGAAAGGAUGAUGUUGAGUCGAUGUUCUAUGUGAUGAUUUAUCUCUUAAAAGGCAAAUUGCCUUGGUAAAAUUUACAAAAUAUUGGACAUAGAGACAGAACUUCAUUGGUUGGAGAGGUCAAAAUGAAAACUGAAGUAGCAGAACUCUGUAAAGACAUUCCUUCUGAAUUUGCUGAAAUUCUGAAUUAUCUGAAAAAAUUAGAAUUUAAAUCAGAGCCCGACUAUAAGUAUAUGAAAUCUCUCAUUCUUAAAGCUGCAUCCAAUAACCAAAUUAUUAUGGAUAAGGUUUUUGAAUGGUCUGAUCGUUCUACUAAGAUAAAGGACUAAAUUAUCUGGGCUGUCUCUGAAGACAAACACAAGCCCUCCUCUCAAGCUAUCUUAGGUUCAAAUCAUCUGUUGAAGCCUCCCGAAGCAAACAGAUAAAAUGGAGGCAGUCCAGUCAGAGCUGAAUCCAAACACCUGACAAGCACUUCAAUUCAGGGAUCCCUGUCCUCCAUGAUGAUUAAGUAUGUGCCUUCUUAGGUCGAAAAUGGCAGCAUCAAAGAUGACAAGAGGUCCAGGAGCAAGAAGAGCAGGAAGAGCAAAAAGAGUGCCAAAUCCUCUAAACGGUAGUCUGUAGUGUUCCACAGUGGAAUACAAAUAAUCGAACCCAAGGAUUAAUUCAGACGCCAUAAAACCAUCGAUUCUACCUGGGGGUUUCAAUAAUACAUGGAUGAAUUUAGUGGAGAUGAAGACUCUUAGAAAUUGUCAACGAAGUACCAAUAAUUGCAGGGCAUGCCAGUCCAUUUUAAACAAAUUCACAAACAUACUUCCAAAUCAUGA